CGCCAACUUGCCAGUAGCGGCUAGUCUAGCAAAGCGAACGGAUCCUGGCUGCUCCUUCUUCUUCCAAAAAGAUCUUAAAGAGCCGGAAAAAAGAAAAGUUUUCGCCCGUCGUGAAAUCAUAGCUAACGAACCUAAUUAAAUUGAUUUGAAAAAAUCAUCAUCUCGGCGGCAAUUCGGCAUCGGCAAUACUACUCAUCGACCCGGACGAUUUAGACUUUUCUUCUUCUUUUUCUCCUGUGUGACUCUUGUCAGUCUCGUCUGCCGCAUCCAUUCAUCUGUUUUUUUUUUGUUUCUUUUGUUUCCAGUCUCCAAUCAGGCCGACUAUUCAUCUUAUUCAAGUUGUUGUGUGGCACGCGUCUCGCCUUUCUCUCUCUCUCUCUCUCUCUCUCUGUUGAUUAGUGGACUACAACAUCUACUACUGGGGUACCGGGGAUCCUGCAGCACCCCAGCAUGCACCACUGGGCUGUAUACUAUUAGUCCCCUGGUGGUGUGUACAAAAGACGACUCAUCCGUGAAUGAUCUGAGAGAAACAAGAGAAAACUUGUCUGCGUGCUGUGCUAGAGAUCGAAGUAAGAAGAAGAAGAAGAAGAAGAAGAAGAAAGUAGCUGUACCAAAGUCGUAUAGCAUGGUAGUGCCGAACCAUGGAAGAGCCGGAAUGGUGCUGCACACUAGCCGACUAUCACUACUUUCAUUCCAGUUCGUCUCUCUUUGAAGUGAUUGAUGACAAACAACAUCUCCACUAACAUCUAGCUACCCCCCUCCCCAACCCUCUUUUUUAGACACACACACACACACACGCGUGCCAUCCCAGUGAGUUCAUUUUCCACGUAAAUUGACUCGGCGCAGUUGCUAAAGAAAGAAAGAAAGAAAGAAAGAAAGAAAGAAAGAAAGAAAGAAAAGCAUCCGCUUCAUUCCUAUCCUGACGUUGCGACUCCAUUGCGGACCAGAGUGAAAAUUCAUCAAGCGAAUGAUAGUAGAGCAUCAGUGGCAGUAGCUUCAGUAGUGAACGAUCCGCAGUCGUUGCCAACAGCCGGAUCCCAUCACACACAACACUGUGAGAGAUAUUAAAGAGAGAGAAGUGAUGAGAAGUGGCCGGCCCGCUAUUAUUACCAGACUGUUGGGGCUUCGUCUAGUCCGUCUGAGGCCCAUUCCGCCGCUCGACAUAAUGAAAUCGCUGGCGGCCUGCACUUUGUUCGUAUUGGCGUCGUCGGUGUGUUGCGUGUCGGCGGCCAACACGACCGACACCACCGCCGGAUCGACCAACGGAACCCGAGCAGCUGGCCCUACUUCCCCAGAUACAACAACAACAACAACAACUUUACACUAUUGCCCGUUGACGUGUUUCUGCGAUUUUGAUUCGUCACUCGUCAGCUGCGCUGGAACCGACGACGACGACGUCGUUUGGGUCAACAGGAGUUCCAGCAACAACAACAACAACAACACGGCGGCCAUCCCGUCCGACGUUUGGUCGGUGGUGUCCGCCACGAAAAUCCAAAGGCUGGACGUGCGUGAUCUGGUCCUGGAGCGGCUCGACUACUCCCACCUCAACGGCACGGAGCGACUCAGCGAGUUGAGCCUGGUCCGCUGCGGUCUGGCCGCCAUCGGAGCCGGCACAUUCGCCCGGCACUCCAACUUGGAGCGACUGGACUUGAGUCAGAACCAGUUGACAAUUCUGUCGCAGAACAUGUUGACAGGUUUAAUCCGGCUGAGGAGUUUGGACCUGUCGUCCAACAAACUGACGCUGAUCGACGGCGCGCUGGAGACGCUCAUCACCCUCGAGCAGCUCAACUUGAGAGGCAACGCCCUAGCCGUUCUUGGACCAGACAUUUUCAAAGGUGUGAGCCGACUGCAGUUCCUCAACGUUGACGGCAACCACAUCGGCGCCAUUGCGGAGAGUGCCUUUCAAGGAUUGGGCCAGCUGGCCCACCUGAUCUUAAGUUGUAAUCCACUGGGUGAAAUACAACAUGUCGACCUUUUUGCCGCCAGGCCGGCCUACGUCGACAUGAGCUCGGCCGGACUUCGCAGUGUGCCAAGUCUUAUUGCUCGUUACGUCAGGGAUCUCCGGCUGUCAGGCAACAAUUUCAGCCGGUUACAUCGCGGGGAUUUCGAGAGCGUCCCGCAAGUGCGGCUGCUCCUGCUGGACGACAGCCACAUCGUCGACAUCGAGGAAGACGCCCUGGGCCGGAUGGACCUGCUGGAGGAGCUCUCGCUCAACGGCAACCAAUUGGGCAACGUCCCCGUCAGUCUGCCCUCGACGUCUCUCUCGUCACUGCACUUGGAGGGCAAUCGAAUUACGGCCCUACGGGCUGCAGAUUUCAUCGGUCUCCGACGAUUGGAUCAGCUUCAUUUGGCGCGCAACGUUAUUGUCUCGAUCGCGACGGGCACUUUCCAUCAACUGACGAGUCUGACUCGACUGGACUUGAGGAGUAAUCGACUCAGCCACGUCAGCAGCGACGUCUUUGGCAGUUUGGUCCGGCUGCGCUUCCUGGAUCUGUCAGACAACCCGCUAGUCAUCCCCGGAGCGGACGCCGAAAGGCUACGACACUUGACCGCUGUAGUCAAGGUUAUCAUCGCCACCGUUCCCGAUCAACCAAAGAUAGACGAAAGGUCGAUGGUUGCCAAGGUAACGCAAGUAUUGGACGCAUCGGAGACGUCAACCAGUACGAUUCCAGACAGCGCCAUGAGAUUCUCGCACAAUGGCCCUAAUGAAGCGUCAGAGUCGACUGACGGAGAAGAAGAAGUGGCGGCCGCGGGCAAGUCGCCCCAACAGGCGCUGGCACUGGUUGGCGCCUUGUUGAGUCUGUCUGUCCUCAUCGUCGUCCUAUUCAUCAUCGCCGACCGGUUCAUGAAACGAUCGCACCGUGGCAAAACGACGGCCGUGUGGAACCGGCGCGGAGUCGCCGGAGUCGACGGCGCAACGACUCACCUGCCGCAAAAGGAUGUCGUCAAAUUGGGCUGGAUUCCCGCCGAGGAUUUCGAUCACUGGAGCACGGUCCUGAUUCAAAACGACACGGAGCACGAGCGCCUACUACUGGCCGUUUCGCCGCACCAAUAAGUGUGCACCAG